AUGGCGAGGAUGCAAAAUGAAAGCAAUUUACAAGUAACAUUCUCAAAACGACGCGAUGGAGUAUUUAAAAAGGUAACUGAGCUCUCCACUUUUUGUGGUGCUGAUGUUGUUGUUGUAGUUUUUUCUCCUAGCAAUAAACCAUAUUCAUGUGGACACCCUUCCGUUGAGUCUAUUAUGAAUAGAUUUUUGGGAGAAAAUCCUUUGACUGAUACUGAUGCUCCAAACCCCAUCGUUAUUGCUCAUCAAAAUGCUAACACUGAUGAGAUCAAUAGAAAGCUAAACAGAUUGGAGAUUUCAUUGGUAAGAGAAAAAAAAUAUGGAGAAGCACUUCAAGCAUCAAGGAAAGAAGCUCCAAUUGAAAAACUCAGUUCCUUUGACCUUAAAAAUCUGUGCAAGGCCUUGGAAGUUGCAGAUGAACAAAUUGAAAUAGUAGUGAGCAUAAAAAAGGAGUGUGGUUUUGAAUCUCCAUAUCAAACCAUUGGAAGUGCAUUUGCUCCUCUAAGAGCAAUGAAUACAAGAAGGGCUAAUGCAAGAAGGGCACAAGAGGAGAAUGUAAAUGAGGAGGUUCCCCCUCAAGCUCCUCAAGACCCUCAAGAUCCUAAUGAUGAAGGGGUCAUGACUAAUGUGGAGAUAAGGGUGGCUUUUCAAACUUUGACCCAACUCAUGACUGUUCAAACUCAACCCAUCACUACUCAAGCCUAA